GCCAAGAGUCCCAGGACCGUUCAAUUCAGGAGAUGAUCUUCUCUCGAAGAUGGCCACCCUUUCGCUGGACGAAGAAGUUCGACCAACCACGAACCAUUAAUGCUCAAUGAGAGAAGUACAAUCUCCUCGGUACCUUGUACGGGAUCAUUGUCGCACUUCAAGCUUCAAACUUGACUACCUCGAGCGUGCCUAUGUUCAAUCUUCCGAGUAUCUGUUCACUCCUUUCAGGCCGAAUUCACUUUUUGUAACAGAAAUUGAAAUGAGGCCGUUUUUCGACAUCGAGCCCUUGUCUUCUUUCAGCCCCGUAUGGGCCUACUUGACGGAUGUCCAGAUCGCCGUAUGUCACCCGAACGCUGUCCUCCAUUUACUCCAGCUACUAUGUCCGAACCUAUCCUCCCUCACUCUCCGCAUAGCAUUCGACCAAACAGAACCCUUGGAAUCAUUCACGCACACUAAAUUACAAUCCUUACGCAUCCUUUAUGACGCUUUGCUCACGUGCCCUCUAUCUGACCUGCUCAAUGCUCUAUUGCCCCCCAAUUUGCGUGCGCUUGAAGCUCGCCGCAAUGCAUCUUGGCCUCAUAAAGAUAUGAAGGCAUUGUUGGCACGAUCAAAGUGGUCCCUAGAGUCUAGAGACCCUGGCUAUCGGCGGUCGAGUGACGAUAACAGACGCGCAACGAGCGGAAUACGUUAUCCUCACUCCUUCCCUCCAAGUAGUAGUGGAUCACAGUAAUACAUGCUUUUGAUAGUA